AAAAUAAUAAUAGUAUAUUAUUAGUGUGUUAUGAUGAAUCGUGUUUGCAGAUACCAGCUGGAGUACACUAUUAUAAAUAAAUGAUGAAACCAAGAAAAUAUAUUUUUUUUUAAAAAUUGAUGCUGGAAGAGGCAGGAGAUUCCUAUCAAAACUUAAUUCUUCCAACAAAAUACAAAAGUUUAUUUUAAAAUUUAUUUUAUGUGAAGUGUUAUUUACUUAUUUUACAACUGCUGGCAACAACUGUUAAACUGUCAUAACAUCUAGAAGUAUUAUUUUGUUCAUUGUAAGCAUUUAAAUUUAUGUAAUCGAGACACUUGCAAAAUAAAAUCAUAACAUCUAGAGGUUCAUAAACUAGUCAAUCUCCCUUAUGAUCAGUGUAGUCAAAAUCGUGCAUUAAAACGUAAAAACUUACGUUUUUACGUAUUCAGGCCACCAAAACGUUUCAAUUUCUACCUAAAAUCGCUUAGUCACAAAAACUGGUAAAAACAUUGGUAAAAUCGAUAAAAUCGCUUAAAAUCAGUAAAAUCGCGAUUCUGAAGCGUUUUUAUAUGAUUUUGAUCAUCUCAUUAAAAUGUGCUAAUUGGCCAAAAAUGAUGUAAUUUUGGAGACAUAUCAGCAAAAAAUAAAAUAAAAAAGAAAACAUGAUUCAUCACUCUUUCUACAGCUAGUGUCCAAAUAAGAGGCUUCACGUUAGGUUGAAAAGACACCUAAUGGUAUUCUCAAAUCUGAACAGCCGCUGACCUUUUAUCAGUCUUCUCCUUUAAUCUUCACCUGUGGCUCUUUCCUGGGUUACGAUGAAACUUUAUGGGUAAUUGAUCGUAUGUAAUUAUGUAAACUCAAACCAACUUAUGAGAAUUUGAAUUCUCAAGCUCGUUUACGGGUUACGAUCUACGUUUAUGAGCUUAUUAUUAAGAUGCAAUGAGUUUUCUCUACUUAUGAGUCAACGCAAAUUAGUUUAUGUGUUAGAUAUUACAUUUUAAUUAUGAAUUUCAUGUAGUUAUCCACUUAUCUAAAAUCUACACACUCACAUUUUACAUACUAUAUGUUGUACUUAAUCUAUUUUAGCUAUUUUAGAAGGUGUGUCAAAAACUUACGAUUUUACGUUUUGAUUAUACGUCUUACGAUUUUACCCAUUUUCCGCUUCUAGGUAGAAUCGCGCUUUUAACUGCAUUGCUUAUGAUAAUCUAACAUGUAGAGGUUGAAAUCGAAGAGUAGUAUGUCAGGCAAACUCUUUGUGGCCGACAUUGAUCAAUGUUGUGGAUGGAGUUGGAUCCAAUGGAUUCGAUGUUGCUCUCUUUAGCUAUUGGUGCCCUGCUAUCAUGUGAACUUGUUCAAUAAUAUUUUGGAUAUGCUAAAACAAGUGACAAAUCAUAAUGAACCUGGCUUAGCAAUCUCGAAAACUACUUCGAAAUUGUGUUCAUUAUGAUGUUUUCAUAUGCACAAGGUGAUAAAUCAUAGUGAAACUUGUUCUUACAUGCUUGGUAGUGUUGCUCACAAAGAUAGACAUGUUGUCUUGAGAGAGCACAACAUUAACCUCACUAGACAAUAUUCAAAUCAACCACACAUCACUGGUGAAAGGGUAGCCACGAGCCAUUUAGAUCGCUGUACAGCUCGCUCUACAGAUAGGGCAAUGGGUUAUCACAACCAUAUGGCGAGGUCUCGUCUAGCGCUCGAUGACAUAUGGUCAUGGCACAUCCAACAAAUGAAUACUUUAAAUUCACAACAGACUUUUGUUCGUCUUGCCGCCAAUUUGUCUUCGGUUUUGGGCUCAAUCACUAAGGAAUAGUACGAUAUGAUCGAGAAUGUUCCACUUUAGAUCUAACGCCCACGUUCAAGCGCCUUCCUCUCCUCCAACACCUACGGUUACGCUUCCAAUGCAGCAUGAGACAUUGUGCUUCAAAGAUGGACUAGGACACAAAUGAACUAAGCAAAACACACCAUUAAGCCAAUUCUUGAUAGAGAAUCAUAUCGUUUCACUACUACUCAUAUUUUAAAUGACUUCAUAGUCGAGACGAUUCUUAACAAUAACACCUAUCUCUAUCAAAGAUUAAUCAAACGAAUUAUCGAAAUACAUAAUGCCCUCUUAUGAUCACAUAUACACCACAGAAUUUCAAUGCUCUAACGAACAAGAAUUUUCUAUUAAAAACCAAUAAGAAUUUAAAACUUCCUUGAAAUAUUCAAUUAGGAUGAUGAUGAUGAUAAUGUCGUCUAAACUAUAUUUUCUUUGUAGUUAUCUCUUAUCACCAUCCACCAUUUUAUUUAAUUAAUUUCACUUUAACUAUUUUGAUAAUCCCUGUAGGACCCAUGUUUGGGGGAAAAAAAGGAGUAAAUCCUAAAUCACUUUUUUUUUAGACGAGGAGGCGGAAUGCACACGACAUUCACAUGCUUAACGAAAACUCAUUUUCUUGCAAAAUUUAAUUUCCAGUUCGUUUCAAACAAUUUUGUCUCUCUCCCACCGCCACUUCCUCUGUUGUUUUGCCUUUCCCCUAUUUUGGUCGCCUUCCCUUCCCCUUUCUCUCUAUAUCACAGUGCUUUGGUCUGUGUAAAAGGGCUGAUCUUUGGUUCUCUUUCUUCUACCCUUUUAUUGAUUCAGGUACCCUCCUAUCUCCACUCUCCUUUUUCUUCUGCUUCUGUUUCUCUGAUUUGGUAGAUUUUGUGGUAGCUUCCUGGAUUUCUCAAUCUUUUUUCUCAGUCUUUGUUCCAUUUAAUCCUUGCUAUUUCUGGCUUGGUUAUGAUAUUUUAUUUCUGGUGUUUCAAUUAAUUUGGUUAGAAAGAUGAUUUGAAUCUCAGUUCUUUGAAUCCCUCAUUGUUUUGUGGUUUGGCACUGUCUGGCUAUAGUGGGUUGUUCUUAAUUUCCUCCGAAGUUUGAGGAUUUGCAUGCAUGGUGUGUUGAGGGGCAGAUCUAGGUGUUCUUGGUUUGGUUGCUUGUUAAGAAAUAUGUGAGGAAGAAGAAGAUAUUGUAAAAUGAAAUUCUGGGUGCUGCUGACUGGUCAAUUAUUUAUUUGUGUUAAAUUUCUGGGGAAAUCUGGUUUCUUUCUUCCACAGAACAACUGAGCUCUUGAUUAUGCUGUUAUGAGUUUGGUCAGCUCUUCUUUUCUCUUUGUUUUUUCUUUGUGGUGUUCAGAACUUGUUGUGAUUAUAGGAAAUUGGAAAGACCAGUUUUGUUUUGUAUUUUAUUACAGUUUUUUACUAGAUUUAGGUGUCUCUGUGUGGUUUGGGGCUUAGAUCUGAGUAAAAGGUGCAGAAGUUUCGGGGAAAGAGGCUGCUUUAAAAUGUGGAUGGGUUUGUUUGAUUUGUUAAAUUGCUUGAAUAUUGCAUCAUUCGAUCUGUCUGUCUGUUGAAUCCUUGUUUUUAUCAACCGAAGUUGUCUUGAGCUUUGUUGUGUAUUUACCAUCUUAUGAACAAAUCUGAUGUCAUUCCAAGCACUGUGAAUGAAUGAAUUAACAAAGGCGAGUUCUCAAACUUGAUUCGGUUUACCGAGUAAGAUGUACCUAUAUCAAGUUAUCAACCUAAAUUUACCUUACUAGUUCUGUUAGUUUUUUCGAGGUAUGAGUAAUUUACUCCGAACUAUUUGACGAGUCUGAGUCUGUGGCUACUAUGCUUGGCAUCAGUGGGGUUUCUUAUAGCUCGUGUUUAAACUGAGCUUAUCUUUCUCAGGCUUGUUCACGUUUCAUGAUAUCAAGUUUUGUGCUCACAGGUUGUUCGCCCAGUUGCUCUUUUGUGCUGGUAUCUAGUGUGACAAGUGCUGUUAACCAUCAUCAGAGGUGAAAAUCAGGGCAACUUUUUGUACUCUCCUGCUGUGAAAGGUGGCAUAUUCAAUAUCCAGAAUAUGGAGGACGAGAAUGGACUUGAGCUCAGCUUGGGUCUAGGUUUUGGUGGAUCCUCUUCCAAAUCUAAGGGCAAAAGUGAAAGCUUCUUGGAUAUUAGGAUAGAAGAUGAGAAAGCAAACAAACCAAAAGACGAUUUGAAAGUUCUUCUUAGCAGUAGCUCUCAGAAGCAGGACUCAAGCUCUGGAUCUCAUUCUCAGAGGAACGAUUCGAUAAAGCCACAAGAGAACUUCUUCCUUGACCUCAGUAGUAGAAAUGCUGAUGCUGAUGCUGAUGCAUCCAUUAGCCUUGGUGCUCGGGGUCUUUGGCCAGGAUCUGGUAAUAAUAGAUCCACAGAAAUUGAAGAAGAGAAAAGGAGCGAAGGGAUUGUUAACAAACGUAAACUAGAUUUUGAGGACAUAAGCGCUCAGAAGAAGCCGGAAAGAGAUGCUAAUCGGGUCGAUUUUCAUGACAAGCGAACAUCUCAGGUUUCUCUAACGGAAGAAGGAUCCACUGCUGAAAAUGAAGUUGUAGCAGAUUCCGAAGUCGAAGGUUCAACAUCGAGGUUUGUUGGAGUUGGUGGUCCAGAUGCUCCAAAGGAGUUUCAAAGGUUUCCUGACGUGAGUAUCACGGAGUUGCAUGGUCAAAGAAGGUCUAUUGGUUUGCCUGAAAAUGAAUCUAAACACGGGAUGAAUUUUGGGGUCCCGUUUUCGGUCCAACCAGCAAACAUCAUGAGCAUGUCCUACCAAUAUCCAAUGAAAGAUUCCAACCCAGUUGGUGCAAGUAUGAUGCCAGUAGUUCCUACUUCAAAUGGCGACAAGCGAAUGGCGGCCCACACAACGGAUCAAGGUAGUUCAUCGAUAGCUUUCGGCUACUCGCCUGUGCAGCUUCCAACUAUGGAUAAAGAUAAUUCGUGGGGCUUGAUUUCGCAGCCUCAACAUUUUCUGCCUCGUGGAGCCAAACCACCUGCAACCUCGGAUAAUAAACACCACGAAGGACUCAGAAUUUCUCAAGCCAUGCAAAUGAUUGGACGCAACCCCUCCGAUGCUGCACAAUAUGACGCAAGAGUGUUCGAUCGGCCCAUAGGUGAUGGUGGCAAACAACACAGUGCAGAUCAAGAGGGCUCCUCCUCCCAGGCCGAAGAUGAAGGAAAGGGCAGCAGCAAAACAAACCGUCGAGCAGCACCAGAAGAUGGGUUGUCUCAUGACUUCUCGGCCAUAAAACCAGGAAUUUCUCCCGAGGUAAAGUUCGGAGGCUGUGGGUCCUACCCAAACCUACCAUGGGUUUCCACCAAGGCUCCAGGCCCAAACGGCAGGACGAUAUCAGGCGUGACUUACAGGUUUAGCCCUAGCCAGAUAAGGAUCGUAUGUGCUUGCCACGGUACACACAUGUCCCCCGAGGGAUUCAUCCGCCAUGCGAGCGACGAGAAUGUCUCCACAGGAGAUGGUAACAACGGUGGGUUAGCGUCGGCGUUUCCAGGUACCAACAACCCAUCUGCUUCUGCUCAUAGCUGAGAGUGUGUAAUGAACAGACCGAACACGUUGUUGUUAACCACGGAGAAGUAGACGAUAGGGUAUCAGUUAAAGUAACCAGCUUUGUAUACUGUUAGAGAUCCCCAUACUCCAUUUUUGUUUUGGUUUCCUCCUUUCUUUGCUUGCUGCGUCAUUUUGAAUUGUUGUGGUGUUGAUAUUGUUGUUGUGAUGGAUACUCAUCUGUCUGUUACUUGUUGCUGCAACGAGUGUGUUGCGGGUUUGUGCUGUUCUCUAAUCGACAUUGGUAAACGUUGUGGCUAUCGUGACACGUAACGAAACUCGGAAGCAUGAUUACCAUGUCGUCACAGGUUUUUGCAACUGAGCUAGGUCCAGGUUGGCAAAUGGCUGUUAGCAGCACAUUGUGUUUCCAUUUCGUUGCACAGGAUUCGAGCAGGAGAAAACGAGAUAUGUAUGUUACGUUGGUAAGUCUUGUUUCAUCUUUACGUUUAUACACAGUGAGUUUAGGGUUACUGUGUCGCUGAUAUUCUGCUACUUCCAAGUUAGUGUCAACUCUUAACGUAGGAUAUCCAAUGCAAGUGUCUUGUCUCUUUCGAAGUUUGACUAAACCAGAAAACCAGUAGUGUCGUGCUUGGCUUGGCUUCUCUAAUGGCUCUUCUUUGGUUGACUUUUUUUUUCCCCCUCCCCGAGAAUGGAAACAAAAUUUGCGGAAAUUUGGAUUCUCUUGUUUUAAUGUCUGUUGUUUUGUCGAUGGCGGUUGAAGGAAAUUGAAAGGGCAAGGAAGAAGAAAACCAGGCUCAAACAAAACUUGAUCGUGUUUUGUCGAUGUCCGUUGACCUUUUGCUCGGCGUGUUUAAUAAUAUCGACCCUAGGAAAGAAACGUCUGCCCGUCUCUCAAAGUCUCACCAAUCCAUUAUUAUAAUUUUAUAAUUCAAGGAGUAAGAAUUUUGGAUGCACAUAAUUAAUAAUAUGAUCAUUUUGAUCAUCCAUUCGUCUUAAAAAUCAAUUGUGUAACAAUGAACAAGAAGCUAAGUGAAUUUACGUGAAAGAUUAUUUACCAUUCACUUGUAUUUUAAGUGUUUAGGAAACCCCUGAAUGCUGAAGACGUUCGUUCUUCCCUGAUAUUGUCAUAUCGCCAGUCACGUACACUAUGGAAGCUCGCCAUACCCGAAAGUCUGGCUUGCUUUAACCUAACCUAACCUAGCUCUUCUUCUCCCACAUCAUGAUUCUACUACGUACCUUGAUAGGCAUUUUGAAAACUCUUUGUGAUGGUAAUUAGAUGCAUGCAUGUAGUUUAUGAUCCCCUCCAUCUCUAUUUAGUCCAAUUCGAUCCCCUUUGGUGUUUAGCUAGGGCUGUCCAUCUGGUUUUGGUUUUUUCGUUUUAACCAAAACCAAACCAAUUGGAAAGCUAACGAUUUCAGUUUUUUGGUUUUAAAUCAAUAAGCAACUUUAAUGGUUUUGGUUUGGUUAAAAUCGAAAAAUCAAUAGAAGACAUUAAGAAACCAAUAAGAAUAAAAUUAUUUAUCAACAAUUUUUUUUUGUUUCUUUUGACACGCAUGCCAACCAAUAAUUUGUAAUGGCCAUUUACCAUUAUUAUGACGUUUAUUCAAUAAAAAGGAGGGAAAUAGGAAUAAAUAUGAGUGUAUGAGUACAUGUUGGUUUUUUGGUUAUCCAAACCAAAACCAAAACCAUUAAGGCCCUUAUUGGUUUUUGGUUGCCAAAAACCAAUAAGAACCUUAAUGGUUUUGAUUUUGAUUUUGAUUUUUGGUUUUUCAUACUUAAUGGUUUGGUUAACCAAACCAAACCAAACCAAAUUGACAGCCCUAUGUUUAGCUAGCUAGUCUUGUCUCUUAUCAUACUUAAUUAUUAAACUAAAACGAGGAUUACGAUGAUCAUGUCAACUCCUUUGGCUAUUGGCCUUUCUAAUUAAUUGCGUUUGAGUUGAUAAUAACAUUCCACAUUUUAU